CACAAGUACACACAAGUACACACACGCGACAGCAGAGAUGCGGAUACACGCUGCAGCGUAUGUGAAGGCCGUGUGUCAUGCGAGCAAGCACUCGUUUGGGGCGGUGAACGGCGUGCUGCUUGGGCUCGUGCAUGAGGAAGGCAAUGGCCGUCAGGAAGUGGAGGUGGUGGACGUGCUGCCCAUGCUGCACCAGCACACCACCCUCAACAUGCUCGCCCAGAUGGCCCUCUCACAGGCGGACGCAUAUGCGAGGUCCAAGGACAUGCGCAUCGUGGGCUACUAUCACGCCAGUGCCCGUGCUUCAUCAUGCGAGCUCUCUGGCAACGGUCCCUUGAUCGCCGACAAGAUCCACUCCAAGUGCAACGGCGCAGUGGCGUUGGUGGCCAACUUUGGGAAGCUGGCGCGCACGGGCAUGGCAGACUGCCGCUUGUUCGAGCCAUUCAAGAAGGGCUCCGAUGGAAAGUGGAAGAGAAGCGAUGAGGAGAUUGUCAUGCUGCCGACCGAGGAGCUCGCGUAUCAGACUGCUGCGGAGUUUGUUGCGAGCGGGGCGCAUGAGGCGCUGGUUGACUUUGACGACCACGUGGCCGACGUCUCCCGCGAUUGGCUCAACGAAGACCUCACACGCGACAUCAAGCACCGCUUCCUCCCAACCCAAUAGGGGCGAAUGUGGUUGAAACGACGUGUUAUGUGUGCGCGUGUGUGUCUGUGUGUGUCUGUGUGUGUCUGUCUGUCUUGUGUUUGCUCUGUGUGUGUGUGUGUGUGUGUCUGUGUGUGUCUGUGU